AUGUCAACGCCAGCCGUCAUGUCGAUGCCGAGGUCGAUGUCUCGCCAUGACAGCCUCGAAGGCCCGCCCAUCUCCCUCGUCUUUCCUCGCAGAGAGAGCGAAGCUUCUUCUACGACGUCCGGUGCGGAGUCUUCACACGGACGAGAUGAUGGUCGAAGAGUCUCUUUGACGAGAGACCUCAAAAACAAGGUUGCAAAGCCACCCAGGAGAAUGCGUCCGUCGACGGCCAGCAUCCUCAGAGGCGCGAGCAGUGAUGCCCAUCCUUCUCCUCCGUCUCAUCCUCCUUCGUCUGCUGCAAAGGCAAUCAAUAUCAACAAGGCCAAGCGACAGGCAGUAGCGACCCUGAGCAUGACGCCACCCUCUUCGCCUUCAUCAUCACACCGAUCCUCCAUCGACGACAAUCCUUUUGCGCAGUAUGCUCGACUUGAAGAAGGAGCAGCAGAGAGAGGAGGAUCGCAGAAGAUGAGCUUGAGCCUCUCGUCAGGCGACGUCGCAUCGAAGGCGACCAAGUCGGCGCCCAAGUUUCGUAUGCCAUUCUCGUCACCCUUCAACAAGUGGUCUCGCUCUCACAAGGCCGAGCCAAUGUCUACUUCACUAUCCUCCUCCGAGGUUGCUCCAGACGAGGAUCCCAAGGGUCUAGCGAUUGACCUUGGCAUGCAUGGCCGCUCCUCUGCGGCAUCGUCGUCCUCGCCUCUUCCUCAUCAUAGCCAAGCAAAGGCACAGGCUCGCUCUGUUGAGGAAGCGGUCACAUCGCUGGGAUGGUACUGGAACAGCAAGGCAGAGACUAUUUGGGGCCCCUCUGCAACGCAGGAGGAAACCUUCUUGUCUCAUACCGAUCAGGAUGCCGACCAAUCUAAUCGCCUGCGAUCGAGGAGCUUUGCGGACAUCGCGAGUCCAGCACGAGCAAAAGUCCCCUCUUCACUCCGAACUCAAAGGCUGGCAACAAAGUCUCGACGCUCCAACUCUGACCCACCAGCGCCGACUUUCAAGUCCUGGUCUGACUAUCUCGACGCCUAUGUAGCGGGAACCAUUGAUUUAGGCGAUCAAAACGAGCGGCCAGUCGUAGAGGGCGAGAUGCCGGAGGAGAGCCACAUGAAAGCGCCGGUGCCCGAGUGGGAGUUGGCCCGCAAGAGCGCAAUCUGUCGAGCAGGCAUAUUCGGCCUGCCCCCCUCUGUCCUCGACCGCAUACACGCCAUUGCCACGCGCAUCAAGACGGCCCUCGACAUGGACAUUAUCUACGUCGACGUCCUUUUCAACGACGAGGGCUACCUCAUCGUCAAGGAAGGUAUCAAGCUCCACCUCUCAUGUCGCAGAGACACCCUUUGCGCACAUACGAUUCUCAAUUCGCACCGAGGAUUCACGAUGCUCAAUCGCCACCGUGAUUGGCGCUUCAAGGACAAUCCGCUCAUUGGCCACGUAGGCUUCUACUCGGGAUAUCCAAUCAGAAGUGGCACGGGUCUGCCAUUCGGUGCGCUAUGCGUCAUGGAUGGCAAACCUCGCGAAGACUUCUCACAGGAGGACAAAGAUAUGAUCCGGCAUGGAGCGCAGGCUGUCAGUCGCAUCCUAGAGGACAAUUUUGCUGAGCGAUUCGAAGCCAAAAUGGCGGCCAUGGGAAGUGCGUUUGAGGGCGUCAAGGCUUCUCUACGCCACCAUGGCAUGGGUGCAGGGUGGAAACGGGCCAGCGCAGAUGCAAAGAUGAUUGAGGCUUCGCUUUUCAGGGUGCGCGAGGCUACACAGCUUGAUGUUGCAUACAUUGUAGCCAUCAAGGAUGAUGCCGCGCAGGUAAUUGCGAGCGCUGGUAGUCCCAUCCCACCGCAUGUGGCAAUGCAGGCGGGCUUCUACAGCGCAGCAUUGAAGCAGGGAGCAGGCUACGCCGUCUACCAGAAUGAGCUGUUCGACAGGGCCGCACACGUCGAACUGGCUGGGCUCGUCCCCUCAGAUGGGCCGCAGUACAGUUGCGCAUUGAUGGUCUCAUUGCGCAGCUCGGCCAGUCAGCAGGCAAGUGGCUCCAGAUCGUCCAGCAACGGAAGCGGUAGCCAAGACGGCUCGGCGGCAACCACAGUCAGCUUGUCAUCACUUAGCAACGCUGGCAUCGACUUUGUCCUCGUCGCUGCCUCGACGCAAGGCCGUCAUGUUCUUGGUGUCGAGGACUUGCGCUUCCUCCAGAGUGUCAAGCCCUUCCUCGCCGCAGCUGCCGUUCGUCAGCAGAAUGUCCCAGUCUUCCCCACUGACGUGGGCGCUCUUUCCUGCGACUUCGCCAACGCCAACGUGGCUCAGCAAACCGCUCGACCGCAUCUCGACGCCAAGAUGAGCCCUGCAUUGCCCGCUCGAACAAGCAGUAACGUCGCAGCCACCAUUCCUCGGCAGACUCCGGCAAUGCCUACCUCGCCGCCCCAAGCUGAGACGCCCGCCACGUCGGUGAAGACAACCGCGCCGGGUCGUCCGCGCUCCAAGUCGGGUCGCUCACCGCAGCCCGCACAGUCGUCGCAAUUCGACUCGCAGUUCCGCUUCGGAGUAGACGAUCGUGCUCCGUCUGCUGUGCCGCAGCUGCCUGUGCUCACGCCAAGCACGAUAGCCCGCUCUCCGGACACUGGAGACUAUUACUUCCGCAUCGGAGCCGCUCGAGCACCUCCUGCUGCCGCAGCGACGACGGCUGCAUCACCGCCACCCGUCGCGCCUCAUCGUCCGCUGAGCAGCAAAGGUGAGGCUCCCGAAUCUUCAUCCUCGCGCCCAUCCUCGGCACGCGGGCUGGGCAAAAGCAUGAUAAGCGGCGUAAUCAAGGGUUCACUUAGCUCUUCAAGUCUCUCAGACGCUCGGCGCGCCAAGGCAGCCGCUGCUAGGCCACCAACCCCUUCGUCUGCUGUGGAGUUUCUCGCGCUGCCACCGCAGUCCUUCAUGGCGGCUGCAGCAAAGAUGGGCCGGUCGUCUUCUAAGCAUUCAGACACCGGUAGCGAGACUCCUGUUGGUGUCGAUGCGAGUGGCCCACCUUCUCCACGGUAUCGCUUCUGCAGCCACUGCGCAGGCAUCUUACCGCUCGACGAUUCGCCCGAGGGAAGACGCUACCAGCAGCAGCAGCAGCGAAGCCUCUCGAUGUCGUCACCUGGCUCCCCAUCGCUAUCCUCCGCAAUGCAGCCCUCUCUCUCUGCGUCGCCUCCCCGACAGCAGCAUCCCCAGAAUGGCACGGCGCCCAUGUCCAUCGCAUCAGCAGCUUCCAAAACACUUCAUCCGGGCAACAUCAGCUGCACCUGCCCUGCAUCGAAUGGCGCGACGACUUGGACGCCCAAAAAUCCCUCUGACUCCUUCCCAGGCAAAUCGUCGAUGGAUGAAGCGAUACCGCAGCAACAGGCACACUACCUGCUAGGGGGGUCCACCUCUUCCUGCCAGGACAUCGGCGGCUACUUCGGCCACGGAGGCAGCAGCUCUCCCUCGACCAAGCAUACACAGCUCCCGGUCUUCAAGGGGGAAAGCAGUGCCGAAAACUCCUUGGUGUCGGCCAGCUCGGCAGGAGGCGGCGUGAGCGGCGCAGCGAAAGGUCUAGGCCCGCCGCCGCCGAAGGCACGCUCUGCUCGGGCAACACGGAGACCCUCCACUGCAUCGGGGGCUGCCAUUCUGCCACCGCUCGGCGGCAGGAGCAACGGUCCGGUGUCGUUGACGCCUACGAUGCUGGAGUGA